CGGGCACGACUGCGCAUGCGGGAGAACCCGGCCCCUCCCGCCAUUACGUCACGGCCCGCUGAGCUAAGACGCGACUGCGCAUGCGGGAGAUCCCCGGGCACCUGGGCGGCACUUUGGCGCCGUCUGCGCCUGCGCGCGGCUGGGAGGGAGGGAGCCGGCGCAUGCGCUGUUCGGCCGGCGGCGGGGCCCAGGGAGGAGAUCGAUCGACGGCUGGAAGCAAAGCUAAAGAUCCAGCAGAAGGAAAAGAAACCGAAGCUGGCACCUAAAGUUCCCAUCGUCAUCCAGGACGACUUGCACCCGACGCCCUGCACCCCACAGAUCCGCAUCCUGAAGAGACCGACGAGUAACGGAGUGGUGAACACGCCGCUCUCUGCCACCAGGCCCCUGCCGCAGGUCAAGUCACUGGCUCAGAGAGAAGCUGAAUAUGCGGAGGCACGCAAGAGGAUCCUCGGCAGUGCGAGCCCUGAAGAGGAGGAUAAAGCCAACCCCGACAAGCCAACCAGGAUCACCCAGCUGGAUGAGAACCGGCAGCAGAGCAGUAUAAUCCGCCAGCCCCUGGGUCCUGACGGCACACAAGGCUUCAAGCAACGCAGAUAAAACGUGCGCCAGCGAGCCGCUUUGUAAAACGGAGCUCUCCAUGACUGAGCGUGCAGUGUUGGACAGAGAGAACGGACUCAAGCAGAGGACCUGCUCUGCUCCUUACACUGUGAUCCCCUUUGCUCCGCCCACUGUGACCUUUCUCCUCGUGCACUGUGAUACCCCUGUCCCGCCCACUGUGGUUGGCACACUGCUGUGAGCUCUUCAACGAAACCAUGAAGGGGAGGUUUCUUGCAAUCAGACUGGCCAAGAAUAUAUUGUGUGCCAUUUCUAAUCAGAAAAUCUGCUCCAGCAAUAAUACUGUUUCAGAAUGUUCAAUAGUUUAUCUUUUAAUUUCAGAAAAGAAUUUGACUAUGUAUUAGUGAUGGGUGCUAUGUUUUUUUUUUCGUACUACGCUUCAAAGAAUUCUUUUGGUCUCUUCCCAUCUGAUCCAUUAGUGCAGAAUAGUUGCCCAAGGUUACAUACCUUGCUAGGCGAUUUAUGUUUUUUUUUUUUAAAAACCACCAUCAGAAAUGCACCCAUUUUAAAAGUUAUUUAUUGUAGGUCGUAUAUGAAAUAAAAUGUCUUCAAAACA